UAGGAGGAAAAGAAGGAAUAGGACAAAGAGGAAUGAAGUAGAUUCCUGAACCUCUCUCUGGUUUAGUAGAAAAAGCCCUAAAUAUAGUCAGAGGAUCUGGAUUCAAAUAUCACCCAGCCUUUGCGGAUUAGUUCUCCUUUAUUUUUCCUUUUUUAUUCUUUUAUUUUUUCUGGUUAUACGUGUACAUAAAAAAUUUUAAAUACAUAUUUACUUAUCCAUCAUGUUGGGAGAGAGAGAGAGCAAAAGAGGAAAACUACGAGAGAAAAAAAGGCAGGAAAAAGCCAAGCGGGCGCGGGACGAUUUCCGUUCAGGCUCCCCAGGUGUCUCUGCGAGCGGACGGCAUUUUUCCUCCGAAGUUUAUUGGGACUGCCUUGGAUCACGGAACCCGAGAAGAACCCGUCCCAGCUGAUCAUCGCACCAUCACUUACUGUGCGCACUGUAUCCCUGGUCCUACUGGUUUUGCUCAGUUUACAUAAAUCUUUUCCUUUUCUAAAAUCAGUUUGUUCGUCAUUUUUAUAGAACAAAAUAUUCCUUCAUAUACAAACGUUUUAGCACGUGGUCCUUCCCCUUCCUGUACGAUUUCCUUGGGACUCCGAGCUCCCCCUCACGUGUAAAACGGGGGCUGGGACGCCCUGAGCCGCGGUCCUUUCCCGCCCUUCUCCCAGAUCCCUCCGGGACCGCGUCCCCGCCCUCGGAGGCUGCAACUCCCCGCGCCGCCAGCAGGUGGGAGUGUGGGGCAAGGUCCAGGCUGGGCGCUCGGCGGGAAGCAGGAAGCGGAGGUGGCCGGAGCGGAGCGGGACGUGAGGUGCGGGGGCGGGAAGCAAGGCGCCCUCCCCUCCCCCAGCCCGGCUGGUCCCCGGUUGGCUAAGGGCAUUAAGUUGGUGGGGGGCGGCCUGCUGUGCACGGGCCGGUCUGGGAGGCACGUGGUUGGGGGAGGGAGGCUCCUCGCUCUGGAUGCCCCUCUUGCAGCUUCCCGGUUAUCUCGUCCCCGCUUUGCGUUCCACCCCACGGCAGGAAGGUCCCGGAAGGGAGCUCGGCUCUGGGAUCCUCGGGGUCGGCCCCGGGCCCGCUAAGGCUGAUGCUGGCCCCGCCCGCUCCCAGGCUCCGGAGCCCAGCCGGCGCCGUCGCUCUUCGGUGCCCCAAGGAUGGGCGUGCUCAGGGUGGGGCUCUGCCCGGGUCUCACCCAGGACAUGAUCCAGCUGCUGAGGGGCGUUGGCAUCAAGACAGUGGUGGACCUCAUUUCUACAGACCUGGAAGAAGUAUCUCGGAAAUGUUCCUUGUCUUAUAAGGCUUUAGUUGCUGUGAGGAGGGUAUUGCUGGCCCAAUUCUCAUCUUUCCCCUUCAAUGGUGCUGAUCUCUAUGAAGAGUUCAAGAGCUCCACUGCCAUCUUGGCCACAGGUAUCACAAGCCUGGAUAAGUUGCUGGACUCUGGCCUCUACACUGGAGAAGUCACAGAAAUCACUGGAGCUCCAGCCAGUGGCAAAACCCAGGUGUGUCUCUGCACAGCUGCCAAUGUGGCCCACAGUCUGGGCCAGAACGUCCUGUACGUCGACUCCACGGGAGGUCUGACAGCUUCACGCCUCCUCCAGCUGCUGCAGGCCAGGACCGAGGACGAGGAGGAUCAGGCAGGGGCUCUGCAGAGGAUUCAUGUGGUACAUGUAUUUGACAUCUUCCAGUUGAUGGACACAUUGCAGGACCUCCGGGGCAGCAUCUCCAAGCAGGUGACCAAUGCUUCGGGGCCAGUGAAGAUAGUGAUAGUGGAUUCAGUCUCUGCAGUUGUCUCCCCUCUUCUGGGGGGCCAGCACAGUGAGGGUUUGGCCUUAAUGAUGCAGCUGGCCCGAGAGCUCAAGACCCUGGCCCGGGAACUGGGAAUAGCGGUCUUGGUGACUAACCACGUGACCAGGGAGUGGGAGAAUGGGAAGCUCAGACCGGCCUUGGGAAGAUCCUGGAGCUUUGUCCCCAGCACCCGCGUGCUCCUACAAGCCUGCGAAAGGUCAGGAGCCCCAGGGAGCUGCCGCAUAGCCUCUCUGACCAAGUCUCCACGGCAGCCCACGGGAAUCCAGGAGGUAAUAGAAAUCGGAAUCUGUGAGACUCCAGAACAGAACUCCUCGUUAGAAGGGAACAAGCUAUAACCAUAUCAUCUCUUUGGAAUAUGAGGAAGGCUCGAAGACUCCCAGUCAUCCACUUCCCAGAGAGGAAACCAGAGCAGUCACAGAGAAGAUAAGAAGGCAUGGAAUAGUCUGGAUAGAGUGCAGGAUCGGCUCUGAGGAAGGAAAACCUGAAUCCAAAUCUUGGCUUCUGAUAUUGUGAACAUGAGCAAGGGAUUUUACCUUUCUGGGCCUCAGUUUUUUUCAUCUGUAAAAUGGCAAUUGGUUAGAAAACCUCUCAGGUCUCUUUCCAUUCUAAAGCUAUGAUCUAUGUCCUAGGAUUCCAUAGGAACCACUAAAGUAAAAGUGGCCCAGCAUGAGGGAUCCAGAGUGUAAACCUCAUCUUUAAGCUGGCAAGCCUGACUCGGGAAGGAAAGGACAUCCCUGUUUUCAAUGAUACCUCAGUAUCAUUUCUUGUAGGAGAUAACUUAGAGCUGCUAGUGAGUGAGGCAAUCUGAAGCUGGUACUUGAGCCUCAUCUUGCUUGAGUUCUAUCAUUUCUCUCUGUCUCUGAGAGCCAUUGGCUGAAAUUAGCUCAUCUUUGGAAUUCUUAGAGAUGAACCAUCAGUUGGAUAUGUGAAUCUUGCCACCCAGGGUCAGGACCAAACAUCACAUAUCAACUCCACCCUGCCUCAGUUUCCCCAAACUGCAAAACAGGGCUAUCACACCACCAGGAGAGAAGCCGCUUCUAAACACUUCAGGUGAAAACAAUUCUUUUUGUCCUUGACCUCAAUAAGAAGAAAGAAAUCUAGUAAGUGGCUCUGACCCAAAACCACCUAAUUUCCCCUCAAUGAGAUAUGUAUCCUUUUCUCCCUGGGAGGUUCCAAUAAGGACUCUUUCCUCCUUUUUCUUCUGGCUGAUUUGAUUUCACACACACCUGCAUGUGUGCCUGUGUUAAGGCUCAGGUGAGAAAUCUAGUUCUCUGUUGUCCCAGGGAUAUAAUUUAACAAGGAAAAUAGAUGUGACCUGCUGCUGGUGAAUUUAGCCACCUGUUUAAUAUACAUGGUGCCCUAGGGGGCCCCAUUCCCAGUUCAGGAGAACCAAAGGCAGUAAACUAUGGCUGUGUCCAUAAAUGAGGAGAAGAUGGCCAGCUGGGAAAAUUGAUGCUGGUGUAAAUAAUACAUAGCUAGUCUUGUCCUUUAUGCAGAUAUUCAUUGCUUGUAGCUUAGGGACUCACUAUAAUUAUAUAGCUCUUUCUGCCAGCUGUACCCCAGCCUCCUGCCCUAUGGGCAUGAAAUCACCCCUCUGACUGGCAUCAGCAUCAGGGCCAAUAGUCUGUGAGACCUGGCAGCAGAGAAGGAACCUAGGAAAAUGGAGAAAGGGAAAUAAAAUAAGAAAGGGAAAUGGGAGAUGCUCUCAGCUGUAUUUACUGACAACAUCCUUUAUAGAGGGUCAUCUAUCUUGGUUAGAAAAUCCCAGGAGUGUAGUUGUGAUGCGGAAGAAUGCCUUCUGGCGAUAGCAGGAAUUGGGGAAAUGGAGGCAAAAGGCCCAGGAAUAGAGUGGAAUGAUUGUCAGCCUUUAUAUGUACUUUCUGUGUGCUUGGUACUGUGCUAAGUGCAGGGGAUGGGGGAAAGGAGGGGACAACCAACAGGCAAAAAUAAGAGAUCCUGCUUUCAAGGAGCUUACUCUUCAGAAACAAAUCUUUCAGCCAAUCAGGAGUUACAUCUCUACAGGUAAGCAGCAUAUGGUUUAUCCUUUAAGACAGAUAUCAAAUUCAAAUAGAAAUGGAUCCCUUCAGAAAACCACAAAUUAACAUUUUCUGUGUUGCAUUGUAUUUUUAUUUUAUUGAACAUUUCCCAAUUCCAUUUCAAUCUAGUCAGGGUUGCACUUGGACAACUUUGCUUUAGGGGACUAUACUGCAGAGAAAAAGAUAAAACCAAUGUAACUCCUGAAUUCAAGGAAUUUUUUCAUUAGGAGAAGAGAGGAUUGUGUAUUAUAUACAGAUAAGUGCAUUCAUAGUUGCUGAUUUUAUGUAGAUGAAUAUAAAGUAAUUUUAUGAGGGAAGUAGCCAGAGGCAUAAUGCAAUGCUUCUCAAAUUUUUAUAAUACUAAAAAUUACUGAGGACAGCAGUUUUUUUUUUUAAUGUGGGCUAUAGUUAUCAAUUACCAUAUUAGAAAUUAAAACCAAAUUUUAAAAUAUUUAUUUUUAAUAAUAAUAAACCCAUUACAUGUUAUCACAAAUAACAUUUAAAUGAAAAAAUAACUUUUCCAAAACAAAAAGAUUCAAUGAGAAUAUCAUUACUUAUUUUUGUGAGCCUCUAAUGUCUGAUUUAAUAUAAAUAACUAGAUUCUUCAAUCUGCUUCUGUAUUCAAUCUGCUGUGAUAUGUUGUUUUGGUUGAAGUAUGUGGGAAAAGUUAUAUAGUAGGAAAAGGGAGAAGUAUUUGAAUAGACAAAUAAUAUCUUUGGAUUAUUAUCAGAAUAGUUUUGAUUUCCCAGGCCUUUUGAAUGGACAUCAGACACCCUUGAGAGCCUCAGAUUCAGCCUUUGAUAGUCUUUAUGGUCUAAUAUAUAGAAUAAUAUUAAUUUGAAAUCAAGUGACACAAUAGAUAGAGGACUGAACCUGGAGUAAGGAAGGCUCAUCUUCAUGAGUUGAAAACUGGCUUCAGAUACUUACUAGUGAUAUAAUUCUGGGCAAGUCAGUGACCCCUAUUUGACUUAGUUUCCUCAUCUGUCAAAUGAACUGGAGAAAGAAAUGGCAAACACUCCAGUAUUUCUGCCAAAAAAAACUCAAAUGGGGUCACAGAAUGAGACACUGCUGAAAUGACUGAAUAACAACAAAAAUACUUGAAUCCUGUCUGAGGUGCUAUAUGUGUAACACUGGGCAAGUCCUAUAUCCUGUUUUCUUAUUUGCAAAACGGGAAUAAUAAGUGCACUUUGCUCCUGUGGUUAUUGUAUGAUUCAAGUGAGUUUUAAAAUAUGGCAAAUGCUUUGUAAACCACAAAAUAUUACAUUCGGGUCAAAUGUUGUUCUAGGAAAAGAAAGCAAAGAUGCUGGGAAAUCCAGAGGGAGGGGACAGAAACGUGCAAACGAUGAAAUAGUGUCUUUUAGGAACAAUCUAAUAAAGGUUUGUCCAGAAGUUGAUUAUCAGGAAGGGGAAGGAAGGUCAAAAAAGACUAUCUGGAUGAUCCUACUGGUCAUUGACCCACUUAACUUCAUGCUUGGUCCAAGAUAAGAAAAGGUCUUCCCUGUGCCCUGGAGUAGCAGAGGUGUCCUAGUCUAGACUGCAGCAGGAAGCUGAAGUUAAAGUCUUAGGUUUGUCCUCGGAUGCACUGAGAUCUUGGGUCAAAACUCAGACUCUGACUCAUAGAUAAGGUCCCACAGUAUUGGAAUAUAAUAGCCUGGGAUCUCCAAGUGGCUUAAGGCUCAUAUGUCACUACUCCCCCUCCCCUAUAACAACUAAAUAAAUUCCAGCUUCUCAGCAUGACUUGUUUAACUUAAAAGGUUCUAGGACAGAGAUCCCAUUUGGAUCAACAUUUUCCAAGGCCCCCAAGGUGGGGAAGGGUGGAAAGAAUGGGUGAAAUCAAGAGUGGAAAAUAUUUGGAAGAGUUUCCAUGAGCUCUACUGCCCUCCUGGCCAAGUUAGAAGCUCCCCUUCCUUUUUUUUCCUUCCUGUAUUUCCAGAAUCUUGAGGCCCCUUUGCUUUCCUUCUAAGUCAUUUCUGGAAGUGAUAACUUUGAUUCUUGGCCAAAGACCCUAAGCUGAGCCAGCAAAAGGACCAAAAGGUCAACUAGUCCAGCCAUUUUACAGAGAUAGAACUGAGGCCCGGGGUCACACCAAUACAAGUAACAAUCUUAGGAGUUAAUCCAAGGUGUUCUAGCUUCAAAUAGUGUUCGGCCACUAGGUCAUGCUUCUACCCCUCUUCUGAGAUCUCCUCACUUCAGGUAUCCCACUUACCAGGCUGAGGGCUGAAAGGGCACCAAAACUAGCUGGCCUGGCCUUCCCAUGCAGUAGACAAGGAUUUAAGUAGUGCACUAUGGGGCCUGGAGUCAGGGAGACUGGAGUAGCUGUGUCACUGUGGGUAAGUCAUUUCAUCUCUCUAACACUCAAGUUUCCUGAUCUGUUGUAAGUUGUAUAAACUUCAAUAUUAAUUGUGAAGGUCAAAUGAGACAAUUUAUGUACACCAUUUUGUAAACUUUAAAUUACUAUUAUUAAAAAUUAUUAUCCCCUUCUUAA